AUGGACUUUCUUGCCUUCUCUGGGAGCUUUUUCAAGCAAUUUCGCAUUUUUGGAGUGCAUCCCAUCAAUAGGAUCAUUGGUGGUGGUGGGAAGAAUACUCCUGAAUCCUUUAGGGAUGUAGCAAGGGAUAAAUGGAGUACAGUAUUGGUGGUUAUCUUGCUGACGAUCUACUGGUUUGGCAUUGUAAUGUCCUUUUUCAUGGAUCACAAAGGAAACGACAAGAUUUCAGCCAUUUCCAAUAUCAUCCAACUCAUCCUCAAUGCUGUUGCCCUCACAACGAUCCUCACCAAUGGACUACUCAAAUUUCGCACCUUUGAUAACAUUCUACAGGAAUUUGCAUUGAUUGAUGAGAAUCUCAGAGGUGUGGGAAGAGCCAUAAAGUACCAUCGCUCAUUGAUCCUCUCACGAAGCAUUCUUUUGACGUUCAUCGGCUAUUUGAUCCUCUCAAUUGUCUUUGAUUGCUACGUUACGGUGAUACGGUACGAAAUGACUCCAAUUUGGUACUGGAUUGUCGCUACUCUACCUUCAGUUGUCUACUCUAUGUGCCUCCUGCAAGCCAUGUUCAUCAUCACGUGGAUCUCUACACGAUGCCAUCUCGUCAAUUCCAUCCUCCGUCAUGAUGCGAGAGCGCGCUACCUUAAAUCCCUCCCAACUGUGCUCUCCAUUACGGGCUCCAUAAAGAGUAACAUGCAGAAGUCUGUGGAUCUCAUCACCAAAAUCUACACCAUCAUGAGCGAAAUUUGCCAACUCUCACGCACUGUGGAUGUCUUCAUGGGACCACCAUUCCUCACCAUUAUCACAGCUAUUUUUGCCGUCACCUCCAUCCAGGUUUACUACAUCUACGUCACAGCAAUUACAAUGGAUACUGCUCCAGACACUUCGGGAUUUUCCAUUUGGAGUCUUCUUGUGUCCCUAAACAUUGUCCUCAUGAAUGUAUUUCUCGUGAUUAGCCUUACAACCAUCUGUGAACGCGUUAACUCGGAAACAGUUGAGAUUCUACAAAAUUUCUCCGAUCUUCAAAUCAACAAAGAAGUUCCCGCUGAAUUGAGUAUCUGGCUCCAUCCUAUGAUCUCCCACAUGAGAUUCACUGCCUUUGGAUUCUUCUCCAUCGACUACACCAUGCUUUGUGGGUUUAUGACGGCAAUCAUUACAUACCUCGUAAUCUUCAUCCAAUUCUACUCACUUGAUCCCAUCCAUGGAGAUGUGAAUGUCCUUCGUGCCAAUGUUAAACCUCCUAUGCCGACUAAAGUCUUUUAA